CUUCUGGUAUCCCGCGAUCCAAAAUGUUCAGACAUUCCGCUCAACGGAGGGAGUCGCCCGUUCGCGCUGCUGCCGCCGCCUUGUUUCUGCUCAAGGUGUGGGAGCUGCCCGGGCUGGGCGUCCUGAGUGAGUGAGAAGCGACGCUGUCCGCGAGCAGGAGAGGAAGCCAUGGUGAAGGCAUUAUGUUGAUUCCAUCCCCUGGGAGCAGUGAGGCACAGUGAUGUGAGGUCUUUGUUCUCCAGGAGAGGAAGCUGAAGACGAGCUGCUGACUCUGCAGUUCUGAAAACAUGGUCCCUGGUAGCACUUCAAGGAUAUGAUGGUAGGUGAUGAUGUCUGUGGGCAGGUACAGCAGGCACAGUGAUGAUCUUGCAGAGAUGACCAACAGGAUUCUUCAGGAUUGUCUGGGCAGCUGCCCUGCAGGGCUCAGUGACGUUCUGGGAUGUGGCUGUUGACUUCUCUCAGGAGGAGUGGGCAUGCCUGGAUGCUGCUCAGAGGGGCUUGUACAGGGACAUGAUGUUGGAGACCUACAGCAACCUCGUCUCAGUGGUGGGAAGUUCCAUUUCCAAGCCAGAUCUGAUCGUGUUCCUAGAACAAGAGAAAGAACCCUGGAUGGUUGUGAAGGAAGAAGCGAGCAGGGAGGACCCAGAUUUGGAGUCACAUUAUGGACCUGAGAAAAUAUCUCCAGAAAAUCAUAUUCAUGAAAUAAGCUUAUUGAAGCAGAGUAAAAUUUUUGACCUUGAGGCCUCCAGUUUUAGAAAUGACUCAGAAUAUAGUGGAUUUGAGGAACUACCACAGUAUGCAGCAGGAUGUGUUGGUGAGCUCAGUAGCAAGGAGAACAUGACUGCUUACACCUGCCAUACUCCUGCUCACGAUCUAGAAAAACUACAUGAAUCCAAGGAAUGUGGGGAAGACUUUGGUUGUAAUUCAAAUCUUACUCAGUACCAGAGAAUUCAGACUGAAGACAAUCCCUUUGAAUGUAAGGAAUGUGGGAAGACCUUUAGACUUCACAAACAACUUACACGGCAUCAGAAAUCUCAUAGUGGUGAGAGACCUUUUGAAUGUAAGGACUGUGGAAAGACCUUUCAUCUUCCCACCUUACUUGAUCGUCAUAAGAACAUUCAUACAGGUGACAAGCCAUUUGAGUGCAAAGAAUGUGGGAAGUCCUUUAACCGUGUUUCCAACCUUGUACAACAUCAGAGUAUUCAUGCUGGUGAGAAACCAUAUGAGUGCAGUGAGUGUGGGAAGUCCUUUAAUCGUGGGUCAAACCUCAUUCAACAUCAGAAAAUUCAUUCUAGUGAAAAGCCUUUUAUAUGUAAGGAAUGUGGGAAGGGUUUCAGUUAUUGUCAGUUUAUUGAACAUUGCCAAACACAUGUUGAUGAGAAACCCUUUGAACGUGAAGAAUGUGGGAAAUCCUUCACUUCUCUCACACAGGUUACUCAGCAGCAGAGCAUUCAUGCUGUUGAGAAGCCUUUUGAAUGCAAGCAGUGUGGGAAGGCCUUUAGUCGUAGCUCAAACCUUGUUCAACACCAGAGCAUUCAUACAGGUGAGAAGCCCUAUGGAUGUAAGCAAUGUGGGAAGGCCUUUAGACUUCACAAACAACUUUCUCAGCAUCAGAAAACUCACACUGGUGAGAAACCCUUUGAAUGUAAGCAUUGUGGGGCAGCCUUCAGACAUCAGUACCGACUUACUGAGCAUGAGCGGAUUCAUACUGGGGAGAAGCCAUAUGAAUGCAAGGAAUGUGGGAAAUUCUUCCGUCGUGGGUCAAAUCUUAUUCAACAUCAGAGUGUUCACACUGGAAAGAAACCCUUUGAUUGUAAGGAAUGUGGGAAGACAUUUAGACUUCAUAUACAACUUAUCCGACAUCAGAAGUUUCAUAGUGAUGAGAAACCUUUUGAAUGUAAAGAAUGUGGGAAGGCCUUUCAUCUUUCUACCCUGCUUAAUUCCCAUAUGAACAUUCAUACGGAUAAAAAGCUCUAUGAAUGCAAGGAAUGUGGGAGAUCAUUUAAUCGUGUCUCAAACUUAGUUCAGCAUCAGAGUGUUCAUGCUGGUGAGAAACCCUAUGAAUGCAAUGAAUGUGGGAAGGCCUUCAAUCGUGGUUCAAACCUUGUUCAGCAUCAGAAAAUUCAUUCUGGUGAAAAACCCUUUGUGUGUAAGGAAUGUGGGAAAGCUUUUCUAUAUCCUUAUCGUCUAAAUGAACAUCACAGAAUUCAUACUGGUGAGAAACCUUUUGUAUGUAAGGAAUGUGGGAAAGCCUUCACUCUCCUUACACAGCUUACUCGACAUCAGAGUGUUCAUACUGGUGAGAAACCUUACGAAUGUAAGCAUUGUGGGAAGGCCUUUAGACUUAACGUACAACUUUUGCAACAUCAGAAAACUCAUACUGGUGAGAAACCUUUUGAGUGUAAGCACUGUGGGACAGCCUUCAGUCGUCAGUACCAACUCACUGAACAUCACAGAAUUCAUACUGAUGUGAAACCUCAUAAGUGUGAGGAGUGUGAGAAGGGCUUCCCUCAUAGUGUAGGCCUCAGUGUUGGUCAGAGAAUCCACACUGGUGGGAAGCCAUUUGGAUGUCAGGAAUGUGGGGAAGCCUUCUGCCAUCAUUACCAAUUUCUUGGCCAUUGGAGAAUUCAUACUGGCAAGAAUCUUUAUGAAUGUAAAGAAUGUGGGAAACACUUUACUCGUAGUGGAGAGCUAAGAAUACAUCAAAGGAUUCACACUGGUGAGAAACCGUACCGGUGUGAAGAAUGUGGGAAAGCCUUCAUUCGUAAAUCAAACUUAGUUCAACAUGCUAAAAUUCAUACAGGUGAGAAGCCCUUUGAAUGUAAGGAAUGUGGAAAGGCUUUUGGUAGUAAUUCUGAACUGACAGUACAUCAGAGAAUUCAUACUGGUGAGAGACCCUAUGAAUGUAAGGAAUGUGGGAAAACUUUUAGAUUCACUUCAUCCUUCACUGCACAUAAGAGAAUUCAUACUGGUAUAAAACCAUAUCAAUGUAAGGAAUGUGGAAAGACAUUUAGUGGGAGCUCAGGCUUUCUUCAACAUAAAAGAAUUCAUACUGGAGAGAAACCUUAUGAGUGUAAAGAAUGUGGAAAGGCAUUUAGACUGAGUUCAGUCCUUUCUGCACAUCAGAGAAUUCAUACUGGUGUGAAACCCUAUACCUGUAAGGAGUGUGGGAGAACGUUUAGAUUUCAUUCAGCUCUUAAAGCCCAUCAGAGAAUUCAUACAGGUUUAAAACCUUGUAAGCCAGGUGUAAUGGUGCACACCUUUAAUCCCAGCACUCAGGAGGCAGAAAUAAGAGGAUCUCUGUGAGUUCAAGGCCAGCAUUCCUAAGUACCUUUGUAAUACCAUAUUCACAAAAUAGCACAUAUGUCUGGAUUUCAUUUACAGAGACAAGAGGCCCUGGUGUCAUUCUCUCUCUAGUUCUCUACCCCUUUUGUUUUUCCUUGCAAAUAAUAAAAAUAAAUAUAUUUUUUAAAAGGAAUGUCGUAGGAAUAUCUUCUCUGAAUUCUAAGGUGUUAUAGGAAAAGGUUCCCUCAUUCCUAACUUUAGAAAGUGUUUCUCACCAAUGUAGGCCAAAUCCCAGGGUAUGAUUGAAGUUCCUGGUGAUGGUGGUGGUUGGUGCUUAUAAUCCCUGUGCUUGGGAGGUGGACACAGGAAGAUGUUAUGAGUUAGAGGACAUCUUGGGGCUGCAUAGUGAGACCCUAUCCCAAAACUUUUAGGACUAGGGAGAUGGCUCAGCAGUUAAAGGCUCUUGGUUGAAAAAGGCUGAAGGCUUGGGUUCAGUUUACCAGUAUGCAAGUAAAGCUAGUUGCAGAAAGUGGUGCAUGCAUCUUGAUUUUGAAAAAUAAGUUUUAGACAUCAUGACACUUUAUCCCAUAUAACACUAGCAUGAAUGCAAUAUAUUAGUAAAUUGUCAUGUGCUGUAAACGCUUGAUGAGAGCUGAUUCUGUAGAUGGGAUAGCCCUCCAUCUCUGAUCCAAGCAUGUGUUACUGUCCUCCAAGACCCCUUAUCCAGGAGCAGCUGAGGCUGGCCUCCUGGUGCUGUGAUAGACACAGCAAAACAACCCAAGGGUAGAAACACUGCUCGAGAAAACAGCUGAGAAGUAAACCCUUUCUCAUGCUGCCCUUCCCCAGUUUCAAUUCUUGAGCAGAGGUUAGUUCAUCCUGACAGAAAAGGCCAGUGUUGGAAUGGCUUACCCUAACUCUCACCCAGGAGGACAACUCUUGAUUAUUUCUUCACUAAGAAGUAAUCCCUGGCCUUUUCUGCUGCAUGAUCUCUUGGGCAUCUGCUUGCUGACAUUUGAGUCUUCCGUGUUUCAGCAGGGCUGCAUGUCUGUGUGUUCCUCUGUGCUGGGCGUGGUGUCCAUUCUCUGCUACUGGCCGUGUCCCUAAUAAAUUCAUUUAAAUUGAAA